GGAUUUGCGCAUGCGCGUAUGUGUGAUGAAUUUGAAAACAAGAAAGGCAAGCGACGAACUGUUUCCGCAGGCCGCAAUCGGUGGUGAAUAAACUGAAUCACGAAGAAACCGGGAGAGAGGAUCGAGGAGAGCUCUUUCAUCGAUCAGAAUUCAUCAUGUCUCGUCAGGGAUCGGCACUGUCCACUCAGGAUCCUAAUGUGGUCAGCCGUGUAAGCAAGCUGAGACCUCCUUCUAAACUUCCUACCAAGCUUCCCCAACCUGGCUUCAAGAGGGCGCUAGUGGCAGACAAUCAGGCAGAAAAUGCUGCCCCAGAGAAAAAGAAAACUCGACUUGAUACGACCGAGGCUGCGCCUGCAAGGAGACCUGCCCUUCCUGCUGUGCGGAAAACAGGUUCAGCCGUGUUAGCAAGGGGAGGAACUGCGAAACCAAUUAGUAAACCGGUAGCUGCUAGACCUGGUUUGGCCACAUCAAAGCCACGCCUCGGAGCGCAGUCUAAACCAGCUGCACCUUCUAAAUCAGUAAAACCAGCCCCUAAAUCAAGAGCAGCCCCCGCUACCACCAGACCUGGCACCAGGACAACAGCUCCACCACCAAGCAAAACAGCUGGUCCAAAGAGCAAGAGGCAGCCAUGGGACUUGAAAGGUCGGUUAGCAGACAUGGAAGCCGCUAUGGGAAGCAGGGUGGCAGCGAACCAGAACCUCGAAGGAAGGAUCACAGAAAACAAUGACAGAAUUGCCUACUUGGAAAGCUUGAAUCAAGAGCUGAAAGGCACUGUUCAGAUCAAGGAGUCUUUAUCCAAUCAGGCCGAGGAGACUAUAAGGUCUUUGGAGAGGAAACUCAGGGAUGCUGAAGACGAACACGCUAUAGUUGAACGGCGUCUAAAUCGAGAGAAGGAAGACUUGGAGAUGACGAGAUCAAGUCUCAAAAGACAAAUAGAGACAUUAGAGGGUGACCUUUCAGCGUCUCGUCAGGAGUGUUCUGGUCUGAAGAGCUCUAUAGCGUCAAUGACAGCAGCUCAGGCCGGUUAUGUUGCCCAGUUGGACGCCACUAAGCACCAGCUGGAGCAGUCUGUGGAGUCUGGUAGGCAAAAGGACACAAGGAUAUCUGAUCUGGAGGCGGAGGUCGAGGCGCUGAAGGCCAGUGUAGCGGAGAAAGAAAGCCGGAUCAGGGAGGAGGAGUCCAUCAGGAGAAAGCUCCAUAAUACUAUACAGGAAUUGAAGGGUAACAUUCGUGUCUUCUGCAGAGUGCGCCCUCUCCUUAGCUCUGAACUGGUUGCAGGAGAUGAUAUCCCUCAUAUUAACUUCCCCGACGUCGACGGUAAAACACUGGUGCUGGACAAACUCAGUGACGUUAGCCUCAAUGAGAGUACAAUGAGCACGAGGAAUGGGCGAAACGGAACAUCCCAUUACGAGUUCAAUUUUGAUCGUGUCUUUGAACCUGUUUCAAAGCAGUCCGAGGUCUUUGAGGAAAUCUCCCAGCUUGUCCAGAGUACCUUGGAUGGAUACAACGUAUGUAUCUUCGCCUACGGUCAGACGGGAAGCGGUAAAACCUACACGAUGGAAGGACCUGAAGAAGUCAAUGAAGAGAACGUUGGUAUGAUCCCGAGAGCCGUUCAGCAAGUCUUUACAACGGCUGCAGAUCUAGAAGAGAAAGGUUGGAAGUAUACAUUCCAAGCAAGCUUCUUGGAGAUCUACAAUGAGACUAUCCGUGAUCUGUUAGGAUCGCCUAACUCUAAGGUCAAGCACGAGGUCCGUAUGGUGGAAGCCAAGUCCAGUGAAGUGGAGGUGACGAAUAUCAACAUCGUUGAUGUCACGUCAGAGAAUCAGGUGAACAGUCUUUUACAUAAAGCAUCGCAGAACCGAGCCGUAGCAGCGACUAACUGCAACGAGAGAUCUUCAAGAAGUCACAGCGUGUUCAGAUUGAAACUCACCGGUCAGAACACAAUCACAUCAGAAAAUUGCCAAGGCACAUUGAACCUGGUUGAUUUAGCUGGUAGCGAGCGACUAUCAUCGUCUGGUUCGACCGGGGAUCGUCUCAAAGAAACACAGAACAUCAACAAGAGUCUAAGUAACCUCGGUAAGGUGAUCCUGGCCUUGGCAAACAAAGACUCUCACAUCCCCUACAGGAAUAGCAAGCUGACACACCUCCUUCAGAACUCUCUUGGAGGGAAUUCAAAGACGUUAAUGUUUGUCAACAUUUCACCCAAAGAAGAGAACUUUCAAGAGACACUCUGUUCUCUGAGGUUUGCUACCAAGGUUAACCAGUGUAACAUUGGGACAGCACAGAAGAAGAUUAAAUAAGCGCAGCUUCACGAAGCAUGGGGAUAACCAUACAUGGAUGAAUGAACUCUUUGUCGUCUAUCACGGUGUUCUACAUAGUUAUUACUGGGCAGCAUUUCAUCCGCAAGUUGUCAGAUCUGACAACUUUCCUUGAUGUUGAUUGGCUAAGAAGCACUCUUACUAUGGCAACUGUUGGAUAAAAUGGGACUUGUCGCAUAGAUGUCUGACAAGUCCUUUCAUGAAACGCUCCCGAGGUAGUCUUCAAAUAUACCUUUUGAGAUACAAAGAAAGAAGUAGCCUAUGAUUUUAUUUGUUUUAGGGAAACUAAAGUGAUCUGAGGGGUAAAAUACUUGUUUAGCUACUUGGUAACAUAAUUAUUGUGGUAUGAAUGCAUUGAGUAUUGAUUUAGUGUGUUAUCAUUCAAGUGGUCCUUUAUUGACUAUACACUGUGCAGAAUGUUGCAAUUUUUCUCACAAAUUUUAACCCUUUUUACUGGGAAUUGGUUUGAAUCCUCUUCAUAAGAUUUUCUUCAAGUAUGCAACACAUUUUUUUUAUAUAACGUGUUUGUGAUAUCAGAAAAGGAGCUAUUAUCUGAAAUAUGUAUGAAAAAUAUGAUUCAGAAUUUUCCACUUUGCUUCAGAAUAGUUACCAGUAAAUGUUCCAUUGCAUGAUAAAUUGUCAUGAAAUUUGGAAUUCGGUUUCAGGACUUUUGCUUUCAUUGUUGAAACAUUGGCAUGGAGUGUAAAAUUUAGCAAUUGAACGCGAAGAUAGAACCUAUACUAAGUACAAAGUGUAUGCAGAAAUGAUCAUCUGGAUAAAAAUGGCAGAUCUCCACAAAGAUGAUGCUUUCUAUUCUUACUGAAUCAUUUAUUGGAGUAAUGCUUAACAUUGCUUAUUCAUUUAAUUUAAAAUGGUGUAAUACCAUUUGCAUUGACACCGGAUGAGCAAGUCAUGCCCAGGGAAAUUCCUUUCACAAUUCAUUAUUAUCUGUCAAAUCGAGCAUUGCAUUAGAUAUCGCAAUUCUGCCAUUUUGUAAAUCAGAGAAUGAUUACUGAAAUGGAUUGAGUUGGAUUAGGAAGGAAUAUUCCAGCCAUUCCAGGACCAGUCUUCAUCGGCAAAAAUUUAAAUGAAAAUUUAGGAUGUUUAUGGGUUCAUUUGAUGUAAAGAAGUUCAUUUCCAUGGUGUUAUGGAUGAUAGAAAUAUUAAGAAAAUAAAAUAUUGGAAAAAAAAGUGAUAAUCAAAAUAAGGAAUUGCCUGCAAUAGAUGUCUUGGGUGAAAAUCAAAACAAGGAAUUACCUGCAAUAGAUGUCUUGGGUGAAAAUAUAAGAAAUAAUGCCGGCAAGAGAAUAGGCCAAUUGAUAAAUAAUCCAGGCAGGGGUGGCGCAACAUGGGGGCAGAGAGCAACAUCCCCCCCUCCCUCCAUCAAAUUACUGUGAUUUUGGAUGAAUGAUGAUGGGAUAGGGGAGGUUAGACCAUGGCAUUACAUGUAGACUGUAAUGAUAAUAAAACAAGAACAAUUAAAUUGUAAUGACACUGUAAAUUUCUUGUAAAUAACUUUUUCAUACUGUACAUAAUGUAAAAUGAUAAAGAGGUGUAGAUAUUUGCUGAUAUGCCUUUUGUAAAAAUGCAUCAUGCAUACAAUUUGAAGUCAAAUUACCACAACAUUCAAAGUAACUAUUAUUCUUUUGUACAUUUAUAUUUAUCCAAGUUGUGGUAUGUACACAUUUUAUUUUCCAGCCAAAACAAUUUCGAUGAUAGAUCUACAUGUACUAGUAUGUGGUAUGAAUUGGGUGGCAAUUUUUUCUGAAAUUUUUAUUGUUUUGAUUCAUUUGCCAUUCACAUGUAUGUGAUCCAAACAUUUUUCAGGUGAUAAUGAAGAAAAGUAGAAAGAAUAUUGAUAUUGUAGCAUUUUAAUGAAUUCAGGCCUUGAAAAUGAAUAUAAGUUUGUCAACAAUUGCUUUAUUCAUUUGAUUUUUGUGGGAUUGAAUUUGGACUAGGAAAAUGAAUUUAAGCUUUGGUCGUUAAGUAAUAUUAUAUAUAUAUUUCAUUUUGUGGGUUUAAACUUUUUGUUAGGAAUGUAUUGAUAUUAGCAAUUGAUAAGCCUACUCUUGUUAAACUUUUCUCAUGUUGUAAAUAAUCAUUGAUUUUUAAAGGAGACUUUUUAAAGGGGAAGAAAGGUAUUCAAAUUUUGGUUUUUAAAUUAUAUUUGUAUCGCCUUGCACUGUUUAAACAAUUGUGAUUUAUAAAUUGUAAAUGUGCCAGUAUGAUUUUAACUUGGAAACAGAGCUCAGAAGGUAAUCAAGUUUUCUUUGGUACCAUAAUAAUUGAAUAACUCCACAUAAUUGUACAUUUUUUGUGAAUAUUCAUGAAACAGGCCUCUCAGGACUUGUAUAAAUGAAAAUGUAAUUGAAAAUAGGUUGAAAGUGGAAGUGCCUUAGUCCAUUGCUGUGUAUUACAUUGUUUUGCAUGUCUGGCUCCGCAACACAAAGAUUAGCGAUCAAUUGCUAAAUGAACUGACCAAUCAAUAUAAAUGUUACACGCGCAUUAGGUGUAAAAUACUGACCAGGGACCAAUCAGAGCGGUUCUUUCGUAUAAAUUCAUCGCAUACCUUUGUGUUACGGAGCCCAGGUAUGUGUUUCAUAAAGCUGUUUGGAACGUAUGAGAGACUUUACGAUCGACUGGUGGUCCUUUUGUAGGAACUAAAUCAGCACCUAAUCUGGUGUGUAUUAUUAACCACUAGAAAGGAUUACCAGUCGUUCAUAAAAUUGCUCGUAGGUGACGAACAGCUUUAUGUAACACCCACCGAGAUACUUCCAAGUUGAAAUUAUUGGUAACCUUACAUCAGUCAAAUCUAUUAGAACAAAAUCUGUUCGAUUGAAGAGAAAUUUUAACAUAUCUUUUGCAAAAUCUGAUCUUAAAACAUUUCUCAACUUGGGCGAAACUUCCAAGUUGAAAUUAUUGGUAACCUUACAUCAGUCAAAUCUAUUAGAACAAAAAAUCUGUUCGAUUAAAGAGAAAUUUGAACACAUUUUGGCAAAAUCUGAUCUUAAAACAUUUCUCAACUUGGGCGAAACUUCCAAGUUGAAAUUAUUGGUAACCUUUACAUCAGUCAAAUCUAUUAGGAGUACAAAAAAUCUGUUCGAUUAAAGAGAAAUUUUAACAUAUUUUUGCAAAAUCUGAUCUUAACACUUUUCUCAACUUGGGCGAAAAUUUGACUUAUAAAUGGAAGGUUGACUUAUGCAAAUUUGCCUGAAAAAUUAUGAAGUUGCACCGGUGGGCAGAGUUUAUUGUUUUUUAUCAAUGAAUAAUGAAAGGUAGGGCCCACAAGCAAGAAAAAUUAGGGUACGUGUCACUUCAAAGAUUUAAAGUAUUUGUGAAUUAAAAUGGAAGGGACUAUGUUCAUAAAGGCCACCGCACACCUUCCGUUUGGUCUGCGACCCGAUUUUGGAAUUGAACGUAGUAGAAUGUGACUUGAGACAAGGAAUAUCUUACUGUGUAAUGUUCUAAAUCAUCGUACAAAUACAUAUGUUCGAUCUGUCACUGACAUCCUUAUUAGAAUAAAAGCAAAUUUAAUAUCUAGUUGUAAUGACGUCAUAGCAAUCGUACGACUCGCUAUGAUUUGAAACUAAUAUUCUUUCAGUUGAUUUGAUUCACAUUUCAGAAAAUGAGCAAAAUGCGAUUUGUUCCGAAAUUGGAUCGUGGACCAGUCGAAAGGUGUGCGGUACUGGCCUUUUGAGAGGGGUCAAAACCCAACAUUUGGGGGUAGGGGCUAUGCACUGAAAUUACCUCUGGGGUACAAGUGCACUCACCAAAUUUAUUAUUUGAUUGGUUGUGUAUGCUUAAUUUCAAAGGCCCGUAUUCUGAAGUCGGGCUUAACUUAAACUCGGGUUUAAAGUUGUGGUUUAAGUAUGGAUAGCCAAUUGUUACAUAAAUUACUAGCGGUAGAGAUAUUAUAUUUCAGCUCAUUUGGCUCUGAAAUCAUUCAUAUUAUCUAGGAAGUAUAAAUAUAUAGAUGAUUGUCUUCACCAUCGAUGAAUCAUGAAAGAGCACAGUUAACAUAAAACCCAUACAACUUAAUAAAAAUUUUGACACUUUUGGCUUCCCAUAAUUUUAGCACAGAGUUAGACCAUGGUCUAAGUUAAACCUGACUUCAUAAUACGGGCCAUAGAGUGUAGUUCGCAAACUUUGUAUUUCAGUAUUGAGACCAUGUUUUUUCUUUGUCUUUUUUUCUUGAUGAGAAUAGAUAUGAUAUCUGUAAAUAGUGA